CUCUUUAUAAGGAGAGGCACUCUGAGAAAGAGGACAUUAUAGGGACCCACUCCACGUGAUGUUUUCUUGGUUGCCUGUUCCCUUUUCUACCUGCAGAGCACGGUUCCCAUAAGGGCAGCAGGAUCAGCCUCCUCUCUCAUCUGGAAGACCACCACUUUGGGGCCUCAGAGGAAUGAUGGAAGCCUUGGGGUUCCUAAAAUUGGAAGUGAAUGGCCCCAUGGUGACGGUGGCCCUGUCAGUGGUUCUCUUGGCCCUCCUGAAGUGGUACUCCACGUCAGCGUUCUCAAGACUGGAGAAGUUAGGCAUCAGACAUCCCAAGCCUUCUCCUUUUAUUGGAAACUUGAUGUUUUUCCGCCAGGGUUUUUGGGAAAGCCAAAUGGAGCUCAGAAAGCUGUACGGACCUCUGUGUGGGUACUAUCUUGGUCGUCGGAUGUUUAUUGUUAUUUCCGAGCCGGACAUGAUCAAGCAGGUGUUGGUCGAGAACUUCAGUAACUUUACCAACAGAAUGGCAUCGGGUUUGGAGUUCAAGUCUGUAGCCGACAGUGUUCUGUUUUUACGUGACAAAAGGUGGGAAGAGGUCAGAGGUGCCCUGAUGUCUGUUUUCAGUCCUGAAAAGCUGAACGAGCUUGGCCUUUUAAUCAUGCAAAAGAGAGUAAAAGGUCGCAUGGGUGCCCAGCAGGCUCCACAAAGAAUUCCACCCACCCAUUUGUUGAAGCUGAGUGGUAUCUAUGUGAAUCUUCAUUAUACCAUUCUACCUUUCUGUAUGGCUCCCCUCAUCAGCCAAGCCUGCGACCUUCUCCUGGCUCAUUUAAAACGCUAUGGAGAUUCUGGGGAUGCAUUCGACAUCCAGAGGUGCUACUGCUGUUACGCCACAGACGUGGUUGCCAGCGUCGCCUUCGGCACCCCGGUGGACUCCCAGCAGGCCCCUGAGGAUCCCUUUGUGAAACACUGCAAGCGUUUCUUCGAAUUCUGCAUCCCUAGACCUAUCCUGGUUUUACUCUUAUCAUUUCCAUCCAUAAUGGUCCCACUGGCCCGGAUUUUGCCCAAUAAGAACCGAGAUGAACUGAAUGGCUUUUUUAACAAACUCAUUAGGAAUGUGAUUGCCUUGCGGGACCAGCAAGCUGCCGAAGAGAGGCGGAGAGACUUCCUCCAAAUGGUCCUGGAUGCCCGACAUUCUGCAAGUCCCGUGGCCGUGCAAGACUUUGACAUUGUCAGAGACGUCUUCUCCUUUACUGAGUGCAAGCCGAACCCUUCCCGGCAACACCAGCCCAGAGCCAUGGCCAGGCCUUUGACUGUGGAUGAGAUUGUGGGCCAGGCCUUCAUCUUCCUCAUCGCUGGCUAUGAAAUUGUCACCAACACACUUUCUUUUGCCACCUACCUACUGGCCAUCCACCCCGCCUGCCAAGAGAAGCUUCUGAGAGAAGUGGACCUUUUUAAGGAGAAACACGCGGCCCCUGAGUUCUGCAGCCUCGAGGAAGGCCUGCCCUAUCUGGACAUGGUGAUUGCAGAGACGCUGAGGAUGUACCCACCAGCUUUCAGGUUCACACGGGAGGCGGCUCAGGACUGCGAGGUGCUGGGGCAGCACAUCCCCGCAGGCACCGUGCUGGAGGUGGCCGUGGGUGCCCUGCACCAUGACCCAGAGCACUGGCCAAGCCCUGAGACCUUUGACCCUGAACGGUUUACGGCUGAGGCCCGGCAGCAGCACCGGCCCUUCACGUACCUGCCCUUUGGCGCCGGUCCACGCAGCUGCCUCGGGGUGCGGCUCGGGCUGCUGGAAGUCAAGCUGACACUGCUCCACGUGCUGCACAAGUUCCGGUUCCAAGCCUGCCCGGAGACCCAGGUACCACUGCAGCUAGAAUCCAAAUCUGCCCUAGGUCCAAAAAAUGGUGUUUAUAUCAAGAUUGUACCCCGCUGACACAGAAGGCCGCCAGGGGAGAGAGGGUACCCCCAAAUUAAAAAAAUCUGAGUGUGGAAAUUCAGAUUUUUGGGAAAAUGUCACUGAAGUGAUUGAGAGAGUCCUGGCAUGCAAGGAUAAAAGAAGUCAUCUCUGUAACAUUUCCUAAAUGCCUAAUAAACGUUUGUUGCACUUGGUUUUGACAUUGCCA